UUUUAUUUUUAUGCUUUUAUUGUGAAGUGGCCGAGCGGAAGAGCGUCGCGCGCGCCGCUCCGUGCGCUGCGUAAACUUGACGCACCGUACACGCCACGUCGGCACAAACAGACGCAGGACGUGGCCGCGCGUGGACCCCCCGAGAGCGUGCGUGGAGCUGUGCGCGUGGACCCCCGUGUGCCUUCCCUGCGUGCGUGCGUGACAGCGUGCCUGACUGCGUGCGUGCGUGGACCGCGGACACGUCUCCAAACCCCGAGAAACGGCGAGAGUCGUGGGUUCGAUUCCAGCGCGGAGGAGCGAAGCAGCGGAGCCAUGGUGAAGGAUGUGAACAGUUUUGUGUCGGAGUCUCAGCCGUCGACGAGUCUGAGCCCAGAGGAAGAAAACCAGAACCAGACGGAACCAGAACAGAACCAAGAUCCGGGUAAAGACCACGCGGUCCAGAGUCCGGGUCUGGUCUGGCGAGUGACCGGUGGACUCUUCAGCGCCACCAAGAGCGUGAUCGGCGCGGCGGCGGGGGGCGUGGCCUGGGUCGGCGGGCGGAGCCUGGAGAUCACCAAGGCGACGGUUUCCUCGGUGCCGGCGGUGGGGGCGGGGCUGGUGAAAGGGGGCGUGUCUGCGGUGGCGGGGGGCGUGGCCUCCGUGGGCUCCACCGUCGCCGCCAAAGUCCCGUUCACCGGAAAACGCAAAGACAAGGCCGAGUGAGACCGGGGUCUGGACCGGGGUCUGGACCGGGGUCUGGACCAGGGUCUGGACAGGGUCUGGACCAGGGUCUGGACUACGGUCUGGACCAGGGUCUGGACCAGGGUCUACACGUGGACUCUAAGGGACCAAAGACAAGUCCAAACUGAACCGAGACUAAAAUAAGACCAACCUAAAGGACAAAGGACUAAAGCUGGACCUAAACUCAGCCUGGAUAGUUUACACGGACUCUGUGGGGCUGGAAACUGAACCAGGACUAGACCAGGACUAGACCAGGACUAAACCAGGACUAAACUAAGUCCAAACCAGUGCCUUUUGUAAAUGCAAAAAAAACCCAAAAAAACCCAAAAGACAAAACUGGACUAACUUAAUGAUGAAGUCCAGGUUUAGUUCCGCCUUUAGACCCAGUUUCUACUCUCUUCAGGACUAAACCAGGACUAAACCAGGACUAAACUAAGUCCAAACCAGUGCCUUCUGUAAAUGCAAAAAAAACCCAAAAGACAAAACUGGACUAACUUAAUGUUGAAGUCCAGGUUUAGUUCUGCCUUUAGACCCGGUUUCUCCUCUCUUCAGGACUAAACCAGGACUAAACCAGGACUGGACCAGGACUGGACCAGGACUGGACCAGGACUAAACCAGGACUAAACGUUUCGGUGACCCUCUGAAGUGACCGAACGCUGUUUUAUCGAAGCUGGAGGACGAAAGCUGGAUUCAAAACCGUAAAAAGAACCGCAACUGUCC